CCCCAUCCCCACCCCCAUGCCUGCCAUCAGCACCAGCUCCAGCUCCUCCUCCACCACCACCACCACCUCCAGCAGCAGCAAGGAAUCCCUCUGGCUGGCUGCCAUCAGGGAACGAGAGCGAGCGAGUGCGAGAGCUCCCCCCAGCCCUGUCGCCGUGGCCACCACCACCACCUCCUCCUCCUCCUCCUCCUCCUCUUCCUUCUGCUCCUUCUCCUCCUCGUCUCCUGCGCUCGCCUGCGGUGCCAAAGCCCAACACAUAGCUGCUUCAGACGUGUCUGCCGCUGACUGGCGAUCAAAGCUCCAGCCCUCCUCCAAUGGCCCAAGCCUGAACCGCCGUCUGAAGCGUCCGGCCCGGCCCGUGGCCUUAGUCUUUGACUGGCUCCGCGUGCAGCCAGGAGCCCUGUCCCCGCUCCUCUUGAGCCCCAACGAGUGCUGUGCCUAAGGCCGGGCCCUAGGGCCACACCGCUCUACCCCCGUUCCCCCAAUACACAACAGACACACACACACUGUCAACAACCACCUCCUGAUGUGCCCUCAUCUGGUCCUCCUCUUC